ACGGUGUAGCUAUGGGACCUCCGGGAGCGCCGCCGCCGCCGCUCUGUCCCACAAUGCCCCGCAUGGCGCGUCAUUGAAGAGGCCAUGAUGGCGGCUCAUAAUGCACCAGAAGUGAUAGCACAGCUGGAGAGCGCUGCCAAAGUUUUAAUGGCCCCCCCAUCCAUGGUUAGCCAUGAACAGCGUCAACAUGCAGAACACAUAUUCCUGUCAUUUAGAAAAUCCAAAUCACCGUUUGCGGUGUGCAAACACAUAUUAGAAACCAGUAAAGUUGACUACGUUCUUUUUCAAGCUGCCACAACCAUAAUGGAAGCAGUCGUACGAGAAUGGAUACUUCUGGAAAAAAACAGCAUUGAAUCACUACGGACAUUCCUAUUAACUUACGUCUUACAAAGGCCUAACCUUCAGAAAUAUGUGCGGGAGCAGAUUUUAUUAGCAGUAGCGGUAAUUGUAAAGAGAGGCUCAUUAGACAAAACCAUUGUCUGCAACAGCAUCUUCCAUGAAGUCAGUCAGUUAAUAAGCAGUGGUAGCCCAGCAGUGCAGACGUUGGCAUGUUCAAUCCUAACUGCACUAUUGAGUGAAUUCUCCAGUUCCACUAAAACCAGCAACAUUGGCCUCAGCAUGGAGUUUCAUGGGAGCUGUAAGCGAAUGUUUCAGGAAGAUGAUCUCCGUCAAAUAUUUGUACUGACAGUUGAGGUGCUUCAGGAAUUUAGCAGACGGGAAAACCUCAGUGCUCAGAUGUCUUCUGUGUUUCAGAGAUACCUUGCACUCGCUAAUCAAGUCUUGAGUUGGAACUUUCUUCCUCCCAACUUGGGCAGGCAUUAUAUAGCUAUGUUUGAAUCCUCCCAAAAUGUGAUGUUAAAGCCAACAGAAUCCUGGCGAGAGACGCUUUUGGACAGCAGAGUUAUGGAUCUCUUCUUUACAGUUCAUCGCAAAAUCCGAGAAGAUUCUGACAUGGCUCAGGAUUCCCUGCAGUGCCUAGCACAGCUUGCCUCUAUCCAUGGACCUAUAUUUCCCGAUGAGCGAGCACAGGUUGAUUACCUGGCUCAUUUUAUUGAAGGAUUACUGAACAUGAUUAAUGGGAUAGAAAUUGAGGAUUCUGAAGCUGUGGGAAUUUCCAAUGUCAUCAGCAAUUUGAUUUCGGAGUUCCCCCGCAGUAUCUUAACUGCCAUUCCAAGUGAACUAUUUUCUUCUUUCAUAAACUGCCUCACACAUCUUACCUGCUCUUUUGGAAGAAGUGCUGCACUUGAGGAAGUACUGGACAAGGAUGACAUGGUGUACAUGGAAGCAUAUGAUAAACUCCUGGAGUCCUGGCUUACACUUGUGCAAGAUAACAAACACUUUCAUAAAGGGUUUUUCACUCAACAUGCUGUACAAGUUUUUAAUUCCUACAUUCAGUGCCAUCUCGCUGCACCAGAGGGCACCAGAAACAUGACUGCCAAUGGUGUAGCAUCACGCGAUGAGGAAGAAAUCAAUGAAUUGCAGGAAGAUGACCGAGACAUGUUCUCAGACCAAUUAGCUAGUAUAGGCAUGCUAGGGAGAAUAGCAGCAGACCACUGCAUACCUCUUCUAAUAAGUUUAUUAGAAGAUCGAGUAACACAACUUCAUGGCCAGUUACAGCGACAACAGCAGCACUUCCUGUCGUCACCAGGUCCAGCGUCAUUAGAUAAUAAAGUACUAGAUGAUCUGUAUGAGGAUAUUCACUGGUUGCUUUUAGUCACAGGCUACCUCUUAGCUGAUGAUACUCAGGGAGAGACUCCUCUCAUACCUUCAGAAAUAAUGGAGUAUUCCAUUAAGCAUGCGAGUGAAGUGGACAUUAACACAACACUUCAGAUUCUGGGCUCUCCAGGGGAGAAGGCCUCCUCAAUCCCAGGAUGCAACCAAACUGAUUCUGUGAUUAGGUUGUUAUCUGCUGUUCUUAGAGCUUCAGAAGUUGAAUCGCGAGCCAUAAGGGCACACUUGACAGAACUUCUUAGCCCACAAAUGGGGAAGGAUAUUAUGUGGUUCCUGAAACGAUGGGCAAAGACUUACUUACUAGUAGAUGAAAAGCUUUAUGACCAGAUAAGUUUACCUUUAAGUACGGCAUUUGGUACAGAUACCGAAGGUGCUCAGUGGAUUGUGGGGUAUCUUUUAGAAAAAGUUAUCAGUAAUUUGUCGGUGUGGAUUUCGGAACAAGACUUGGCCAAUGACACAGUUCAACUGCUUGUAACACUGGUAGAGAGGAGGGAAAGGGCCAAUUUAGUAAUAAAAUGCGAAAGUUGGUGGAAUUUGGCAAAACAAUACGCAAGUCGAAGUCCACCUUUGAACUACCUUCCCAGCACUGUACAACGAACACUAAUGAAAGCCCUGGUUUUAGCAGGGUUUGCUCAUGUCGACACAGAAACCAAACAGCAGUAUUGGACAGAGGUUCUCCAGCCACUCCAACAACGAUUUCUCAAUGUUAUAAACCAAGAAAACUUUCAACAGAUCUGCCAGGAAGAAGAGGUGAAACAGGAGGUCAUCGCCACACUGGAGGCACUUUGUGGUAUAGCUGAAGCAACACAGAUAGACAAUGUGGUCAUUCUCUUCACCUUUUUAAUGGACUUUCUCAAUAACUGCAUUGGCUUAAUGGAAAUCUACAAGAAUACGCCUGAUACUGUUAACUUGAUAAUAGAAGUUUUUGUCGAGGUUGCACAUAAACAGAUAUGCUAUCUUGGAGAGUCAAAAGCCAUGAAAUUGUAUGAAGCUUGCUUGACGCUACUGCAGGUUUAUUCUAAGAACAACUUGGGCAGGAAACGGGUUGACGUAACGGCAGAAGAAGAUCAAUACCAAGACCUUUUGCUUAUAAUGGAACUUUUAACGAACCUCCUAUCAAAAGAGUUUAUAGACUUCAGUGACACAGAUGAAGUAUUCCGUGGGCAGGAACCUGCACAGUCAGGGAACAAAUCGGUGUCAGCUGCUGAUGUGGUCCUUUAUGGAGUUAAUAUUGUGCUACCAUUAAUGUCACAAGAUUUGCUAAAGUUUCCAUCAUUAUGUAAUCAAUAUUACAAAUUAAUUACCUUCAUCUGUGAGAUCUUUCCUGAGAAAAUACCACAGCUUCCUGAAGAUCUUUUUAAGAGUCUUAUGUACUCUUUAGAACUUGGAAUGACCUCAAUGACUUCUGAAGUUUCACAGCUCUGUUUGGAAGCCCUGACCCCUUUGGCAGAACAGUGUGCUAAGGCACCAGAAACCGAAACACCACUAUUCGCUGCAACGAGGCACUUCCUUAAGCUCGUCUUUGACAUGCUGGUAUUGCAGAAGCACAAUGCAGAACUAACUGACGCGGCAGGCGAAGCAUUCUACACGCUAGUAUGUCUGCAUCAGGCUGAAUAUUCGGAAUUAGUGGAAACGCUUUUGUCAAGCCAGCAAGAUCCAGUUAUUUAUCAGCGAUUAGCAGAUGCCUUCAACAAUCUUACUGCAAGCAGUACUCCCCCCACCUUGGACCGCAAGCAGAGGAUGACUUUCCUAAAGAACCUUAAAGACUUCAUGGCGAAUGUUGGUGGUCUUCUGUGUGUUAAAUAAACUCUUAAGUACAAAAUAACCUUGCUGAAGAAUGCACUGUGAAAGCAUGGAAAUCAAAGUUGACUGAAUUUUGUACUUGUUUCAAGACUUUUGGCUGCCAUCUUGGAUUUUAGACUCAGGAUAUUUGGUGUAAACUUACCACAGUAAGAUACAAGGAUGAACCCAUUACUUUUUAGUUGCCAGUGUUUCUUAUUCAUGAUUUGUCAUACAACUAAUCGUUUACUUUAGAAAAACAAUGAAAAAUAAGUGUAUUUUAGAGAAUUCCAAUAUGCAGAUAAGCGGGCACAGUGAAUGAGUUUUCAGUGCCUUUUUUCAUGUCUGGUUUAAUGCAGCUGCCUAAAUGGCCAGAGAAACUGUCUUAUUAUUGCUUAUAUUUUGAGCCCUUUUUCUGAGGGAAUCACUGUAGACAAAAUGCACAGCUGUAAAUGUUUAUGGCUGAAAUUAGCUUUAUUUUUUUUCAAGCCUAUGUGUUUGUUUGUGACCUAAAGACAACACCAAAUUGUAACUUUCCAAUCUUAAUUUUUCUUUUUCCAUUUCAGGCAGUGAUCACGUAGUAUACAAUACUUCAGAUUUUCUUUUGUACUGCCUGCUGUUCAGAAUAAAGAAGUAUAUAUUUUUGCUUCCCAAACAGUGAAUUUUAGGGAUUGUAACCAAUUAAUUGCCUUACUUUCUGUAAAUAUGAAAAGUGUUGUGAAAGACUGAAACUGGAUUGCCAAUGCGGCAACUUUCUUCCCUCAACCCUUCUUUCUCUUUCCCCCAUCUUCCCCGAAGCAAUUUUCUUUGACUCUAAAAUGCCAGUUUGUCAUUGUUUGGUGUCGAGAGUAGUUUUAGGAAACUUUGAAUCAAGUCAUCAUUUUGGAUACCAAAAUUAACUCACGUAAAUUCUGCAUGAAGGCUUCAAAGGGAUUUACUUUUUUUUAAAAAAACAAAAAUCAUAACACCUGAACUGUCGCACUACUACAUCCUCAUGUUUGAGCAAUAACAAAUUCAAGAGCGUGAAUUAUUUAAUAAUGAUCACCAGGGUAAACUGGGACAUUAGUUAAAAACCAACACUCUAGUUUAUGUUUUUGCAUGGUCUUAUUUCAAACAUAAAAACUUUUUAGAUUAAUUGUAAAUACACCAUUUGGGGCAUUUUGAGUUUGACAUUUGCAGUGGUGCGCAGUUGAUCAACAAAUCGCAAUGCACAGACAAAAAAAAAGACUGCAUAUUUUAAUACUGUGCUGUUUGUUCAGGGUUCCAAAAUGCAAACUUAAUCAGGAUGUCAGUUCUCAGCACAAAGAUGUGCACAUUACUCGUUUUUAAAAUAUAAAUGAUACAUGAACAAAACUUGAUGGCCAAACCUUUUGAAAAGGUGUAAAAUCCUUUCUGCCGGACUGUGUACAGGUUGUAUGUCGAAACUACUGAAAAAAAUAUUUGUACUUAGUAAAACAAAAUGUUUUUCUUUAGAAGCCAGCAAACGUGUUCAUUAAGACGAUUGUAUAGGUCAGCUAAUUUAUGAGACUCAAUUUAAAAUAAAAUAAAAGUAGCUAGUGGAA